AUGGCCCCAGCAACCCCCAUCCCCUUCUCCGAACCAGCCUACCUCUCCGGCCUACCGUCUCCCUACUACACACCCUCGCACCUCGAAUGGCAAAGGAAAUGCCGCGCCUUCAUCACCAAACACCUGACCACCCACGCCAUGGAAUGGGAAACCGCCGAGACCGUCCCCGAACACGUUUUCCACGACUUCUGCGCCGCCAAUAUGUUACUACCCAGUUUACCUGCUCCUUUGCCUGUGGAUAGAUUAAAGAGCUUGGGCAUCCAUGAUAUCCUUGGUCUGCCUGUGGAAGACUUUGAUUAUUUCCACAAUGCGAUUUAUACGGAUGAGAUGCUGAGGAGUGGGUUGGCGGGCCCGAGUGGGAGUUUGACGACGGGCAUGGCGUUUGGUGUGCCUCCAUUGUAUAAAUUUGGAAGUAAAGAGUUGCAAGAUAGAUUUUUGCCUGAUCUAUUGACGGGAAAGAAGAGAGCUUGUAUUGCGAUUACGGAGCCUGAUGCUGGUAGUGAUGUUGCGAAUAUCCAGACUACGGCGGUCAAGAGCAAGGAUGGGAAGACGUAUACCAUUAAUGGAACCAAGAAGUGGAUUACCAAUGGUAUUUGGAGUGAGUUGUCUUGUAUGGCUGUUAGGACUGGCGGACCUGGGGCUGGUGGGUUGUCGCUGAUGGUUGUGCCGCUCAAGGGGCAUGAAGGUGUUAGCAUGAGGAGGCUCAAGGUUAGUGGUCAGAUCAGUGCUGGUACCACGUACAUCGAGUUAGACGAUGUAGUGGUGCCAGCCGAGAAUCUUAUUGGCGAGGAAGGGAUGGGAAUGAAGUACAUCAUGACAAACUUCAACCAUGAACGCUUGACCAUCGCCAUCGGUUGCGCGAGACAAGCCAGAGUUGUUCUGAGCGCAGCAUUUGAAUACUGCCUCAAACGAGAAGCCUUUGGCAAAUCCCUCAUGGACCAACCCGUCGUCCGACACCGCCUCGCCAAAUGCGGCGCCCAGCUCGAAGCCCAAUGGGCAUGGACAGAAAGCUUCGUCUACGCCAUGGUAAAGCUACCCAAGAAAGACGCCGACGUCGAGUUGGGCGGCCUGACCGCUGCCGCAAAAGCUCGGNCCGGUGUUGUGUUGAUGGAGUGUGCUCAAUGCGCCGUCUUGCUGUUUGGCGGCAAUGGCUUUACCAGAUCCGGACAGGGCGAGAUUGCUGAGAGUAAGUGGAUAUAUCAGAACUUUGAUGGAAUGGAUGCUGACUAUAAGCAGAGANUGUGGAGAGAAGUUCCCGGUAACCGUAUUCCUGGUGGAAGCGAAGAUGUCUUGUUUGAUCUAUCGAUUAGACAACUGGUCAAGAAUUACCAGAACAAGACGAAAAUGCUCGAGAGACCUCGUGGAUCCUCGAAGCUGUGA